CGCCCCGCCCGCUGCCGACGUCCGACAUGCUGAGCCGUUCUCUGCUGUGCCUGGCCCUGGCCUGGGUGGCCAGGGUGGGCGCAGACGCCCCGGAGGAGGAGGACAACGUCCUGGUGCUGAAGAAGAGCAACUUCGCAGAGGCGCUGGCGGCGCACAACUACCUGCUGGUGGAGUUCUAUGCCCCAUGGUGUGGCCACUGCAAAGCCCUGGCCCCUGAGUAUGCCAAAGCUGCCGCGAAACUGAAGGCGGAAGGUUCUGAGAUUCGACUAGCGAAGGUGGAUGCCACGGAAGAGUCUGACCUGGCUCAGCAGUAUGGCGUCCGUGGCUACCCUACAAUCAAGUUCUUCAAGAAUGGAGACACAGCCUCCCCCAAGGAAUACACAGCUGGCAGGGAAGCUGACGACAUUGUGAACUGGCUAAAGAAGCGAACAGGCCCUGCUGCCACAACCCUGUCUGACACUGCGGCUGCGGAGUCCUUGGUGGACUCCAGCGAGGUGGCCGUCAUCGGUUUCUUCAAGGACGUAGAGUCAGACUCUGCCAAGCAGUUCUUGCUGGCAGCCGAGGCUGUGGAUGACAUACCUUUCGGAAUCACGUCCAACAGUGGUGUGUUCUCCAAGUACCAACUGGGCAAGGAUGGAGUGGUCCUCUUUAAGAAGUUUGAUGAAGGCCGCAACAACUUUGAGGGUGAGAUCACCAAGGAGAAGCUGCUAGACUUCAUCAAGCACAAUCAGCUGCCUUUGGUCAUCGAGUUCACUGAACAGACAGCCCCAAAGAUUUUUGGAGGUGAAAUCAAGACCCACAUUCUGCUGUUCCUGCCCAAGAGUGUGUCUGACUAUGACGGCAAGCUGGGCAACUUCAAGAAGGCAGCUGAAGGCUUCAAGGGCAAGAUCCUGUUUAUCUUCAUCGACAGUGACCACACUGACAACCAGCGCAUCCUUGAGUUCUUUGGCCUGAAGAAGGAGGAGUGUCCCGCUGUGCGGCUUAUUACCCUGGAGGAAGAGAUGACCAAGUACAAACCAGAGUCGGAUGAGCUGACAGCUGAGAAGAUCACAGAAUUUUGCCACCACUUCCUGGAGGGCAAAAUCAAGCCUCACCUGAUGAGCCAGGAACUGCCAGAAGACUGGGACAAACAGCCAGUCAAAGUGCUUGUUGGGAAGAACUUUGAAGAAGUUGCUUUUGAUGAGAAGAAGAAUGUCUUUGUUGAAUUCUAUGCUCCUUGGUGUGGUCACUGCAAGCAGCUAGCCCCCAUUUGGGAUAAACUGGGAGAAACCUACAAGGACCAUGAGAAUAUCGUCAUUGCUAAGAUGGACUCAACAGCCAAUGAGGUGGAAGCCGUCAAAGUGCACAGCUUUCCCACCCUCAAGUUCUUCCCAGCCAGUGCAGACAGAACGGUCAUUGAUUAUAACGGUGAGAGGACACUAGACGGUUUCAAGAAAUUCCUGGAGAGUGGUGGCCAGGACGGUGCAGGAGACGACGAUGACGUGGACCUAGAAGAGGCUUUGGAGCCCGACAUGGAGGAGGACGACGAUCAGAAAGCCGUGAAGGACGAACUGUAGUGGGGGAGCAGACCUCGGGGGCCGUGCUCCCCGCAGCCCACAUCUCCGGAGCCUGAGCCUCACCUAAGGAGGGAGUGCCAUCAGAACCCAGGGAGUCUUUCUGAAGCCACACCCAUCCAACACACGUGCACCUAAACCUGUCUCUUUUGCUUUUAAAUUUUGAAAGGGAUCUCUCUCCAGGCCAGCCCAUCUUAAAGAGCUAUCUUUUGGUGUGUUUUUGUUUAUUUGUUUGUUUUGAUUUUUUUUUAAUUGUGAUGUAUUUUUUUAUAUGUGGAUUUUUGUCCCAAGUGCUCACUAAAAUAUUUGGGGAUCUCACACUGGUAAUAUCCUUCCUGUUAGAGAGGUUUAUGCUGCCGCUUCAAAUGUCAUCUUUCACCUGUUCACCGUGGAAGGCCUCCCUGAGACUCCUGCCCUCUGUGGGAGCGAUGGACCUGGGUGGACACAGUCACUCUCCGCCUACCUUGCACUAGUGUUGCCGUGGCAGCAUGGCUUUUGUAGAUUUCAGUUAACCAUGGGACUUACGCAUCCUGUCAGAGGGUGGGUCCCUCACGUGUGGAAGAGACGGUGUGGCUGGCUGCUGGGCCCAGGCCAGGCCUGGACGGCCUUCACUCUUCAAGUCAGGACUACCCCCAGCCGGCUGUGGGCACAUCACUCUGGCUGCUGGAUUUGCCUCCAGCACGGCUGUGGCCUGUGUGAGGCAGAACUGGGACCCUUGAUUCCCAGACUGGGAGUCAGCCAAGGACUCUGGGACUGAAUCAAACGCCCAUUCUUGAGGCAUUUCUACCAUAAUAUUGGAAUUGAACACAUUGGCUAAAUAAAGUUGAAAUUUUACUACC